AUGGAGUCUUCCCUAGUCUUUCCGCGAGACGGAAAUAUUUUCCGAUCGUUCGGCUUCGGCCCCCAGCGCGCUGUUCCUUAUCCGACUGUUCACCAUGCCUUCAUAGAUCGUGCGAAGCAGUAUCCUGACGCCAUCGCCCUCUGUGAUCUCUCCCAGAACAAACCGGUAGAGGUCCCAUAUGGUAAUCUGCUUCGAUACGCCCAGUUCAUUGCCCUUCAACUUCAAAACCAUGGUGUGGUACCUGGCAGCAGGAUUGUCCUUGCCACGAAACGAAGUGUGGAGAUGGUGGCAGGUAUUCUAGGCAUCCUCAUGUGUGGUGCCCAGUAUAUCCCCCUCGACGGCGCUGUUGUGCCGGACCAGACACUGGAACAUGCCGUGAUUCAAUCCCAGAGCUCGGUUGCUUUGUGUACUGGUGCCUUCAGGUCGAGACUGCAUUCUUUUGCACAACUCUCCUCGGUUCUGGUUCUGGAAGAACUACUUGCUGAGGCGGAGCGUACUGGGUUCCAGGUGGACACCACUCGUUUGAUUUGUGAGGGAGACCAGAGUUCGGGGUGCUAUGUGAUCUACACUUCCGGUACCACCGGAACACCCAAAGGCGUGGAUGUCACUCACAGAAAUGUUACAAACGUUGUCUGCCAUGCGUCCGGUAAUCUGGGUAUAUCUCGUGGCUCGAGAGUAGGACAAGUGUUGUCCAUCAGCUUCGACAUGGGUGCUUGGGAAAUACUAGGGAGCCUUUCCAACGGCGCGACCUUGGUCCUAAGAGGGUCCGAUUGGCACGCGGCACUACAACAGGUCGAUACGCUGAUAUGCACCCCGAGCAUACUCGGUCGAUACCGCCCCGAAGACUUUCCCAAUAUCCGUUGCAUCGCCACUGCUGGCGAGCCAUGCUCUCAAAGUCUCGCGGACAAAUGGGUGGCGAACGGGGCAACCUUCUACAACUGCUGUGGCCCAACAGAGGCUACCAUCAUCAAUACCAUGCAUAGACACAAACUCGGCCAGCAAUUGACCAUAGGAAGACCUCUGCCAAACACCAGCGUGUAUAUACUGGACGAUAGGCAAAUUCCAGUUGCGAUUGGAGAGGUCGGGACUAUGUGGGCUGGUGGAGCAGGAAUCACAAGAGGGUAUCUCGGACAACCCGAGAAGACUGCCGAGUGUUAUCGCUAUGAUCCUUUUGUAGACGACGGUCACUCAAUGAUGUUCAAUACCGGCGAUUUGGCCCGGUGGCUCCCGGAUGGGAACUUGGAAACGUUGGGACGCAAUGAUGAUCAGGUCAAAAUCAAGGGCUUCCAUGUUGAACUAGAUGGUGUCAGCGCGUCAUUGGCCUCGUGCCCAGGUGUUAUGGAGGCGGCCACCAUCAUGGUGCAAGGAGACCUUGUUGUAUUCAUCACUCCUCAGGCGCUUGAUUUGUAG